GUUAAGCCGGUUUUGAAGCAAUCGAACAAGAUUUUGAGCCUUAAAAAGACAGACGAUUCUAUUAAAUACACACCUCUUGAAUCUCAAGUAGUAAAGCUAAAGGAAGAAUAUCCUGGUGUUCUACUUGCCGUCGAAGUCGGGUACAAGUACAGAUUUUUUGGUGAAGAUGCUGUGAUUGCAUCUCGUACGUUGCGUAUUGCACAUUGGGUUGAUCAUAAUUUUACUGUGGCAUCUAUUCCUGUCCAUCGACUCCAAGUACAUUUGCAUCGACUUGUGGAUGCAGGUUACAAAGUUGGGGUCGUUUGCCAGACAGAAACAGCCGCAUUAAAAUCAGCAGGUCCAAAUAAGUCUGCACCCUUUCAACGCGAGUUGAAGCAGCUCUACACCAAAAGCACAUUUUUUGAUGGCUUUGGUGUGGAUCAGGAUGAGAAUGGGUCUGGUCCAUCACAUUCAAAUUAUCUGAUGACAAUUAUAGAAGAAAAUCGUGGCAAAAAUAAGACGUCUGAACUUGUAACAAUGGCUAUUGCUGUUAAUCCUGCCACAGGCGAUGUUAUUUACGACGUGUUUGAAGAUGGGUUUAUGCGAAGUGAACUAGAGACUCGCAUGUUGCACAUCGAACCCUGUGAACUCUUACUACCUUUCAAACUAAGCAAACCGACAGAGAAGAUUAUUGGCAUGGUUACAUCCCCAAAGACAACUUCCCCAAAAGAGCGCGCCCGUAUAGAGAGAAUCCCAGAAAAUGAAACGAUAUCUACAGAUUACAACACUGCCUUGUCAUUUCUUACUGAAUUUUAUGCCCAUGGCAAUCAGGAUAACUCAGAGAGUGGGAAAAGUGCUUAUCGGGUUUUCUUUGUUUGUAGCAAGGCGUUGGCUGCAACAGCUCAAUACUUGAGACAAUUUCGCCUGGAUCAUUCAAUCAAGCUAACCAAGUAUUUUAUAAACUUUUCGGCGCGCGGCCACAUGCUUCUGAACGGAAAUACGAUGACCAACCUAGAGAUCUAUCGUAACUCGAUAGAUAAUUCAUAUAAGGGGUCUCUAUUGAGCAUCCUUGACAAGACCGUUUCUCCUUUUGGAAAACGACUAUUAAAGAAAUGGGUCGGAAGACCCUUGAUUAACGUUGAUCAACUAAAGAUACGUACAGAUGCUCUUGAGGAACUAGUUGAGGCGGACGAUUAUCUCAAAAAAGAUAUAUUGAAUUUUUUGAAACAUUUACCUGACAUUGAGAGAGAUCUUUGUCGUAUUCAGUAUGGACGUUCUUCUCCGAAAGAACUGUUGGGAACCUUGGAAGCAUUAGUUAAAAUUUCGGGUGCUCUAGAUCCGCGAAAAUUUAGGUUCAAUUCUAGAAUACUGACAAAAAUCAUUGAUACUUUACCAACAGCUCGGCAUGCACAAGACUUUAAGGAUUGCUUGAAUCAAAAUGCGAUUGGUGAAAAGAAUUGCAAGCAUAAUUUGUUUAUAUCUGAGAACCAAUGGCCUGACAUACCCAUGCACAAACAGGUUUGUGGUUUCAGUACAGACACACACAUACGCGCAUAUGUUAUACAGCUCAAAGUUAAGCUGAAAUUAGUUAGAUCCCAAUUGGAAGAAUAUCUGGAACAAAUCAAGGUUGAUGUCAAUAUUCCAACCUUGAGGUUUGUAGAUGUGUCUGGAAUAGAGUAUCUAUUAGAAGUCAAGAACAGUAUGGCUAGCAAGGUUCCUAUUGAGUGGGUCAAGAUGAGCGCCACAAAGGCUGUUUCUCGAUUCCACACUAGAUUUGUUAGUGAAAAGCUAAAGGAAUUAGAACUGAGCAGAGCUUUACUUGAUAUUGCUGCUGAAAAUGCAUAUCAAGAUUUCUUAAGGACUGUGUCUGAUCGAUACGAAGUAUUCCGAGACGUAGUUCAGAGUUUGGCUGAGCUAGAUUGUCUGUUGUCUCUUGCCGAUACUGCAUUGCGACCAGACUAUGUGAGGCCUGUAUUUUCGGACCAUGUUCAGAUCAAAGUGAAAAAUGGAAGGCACCCAAUGGUCGAACAGUUUACAACCACAGACUAUAUUCCAAAUGAUAUUAACUUUGAUACGGAUGAGUAUCGAACCAUGAUCUUGACUGGUCCUAAUAUGGGAGGCAAGAGCUCUUACAUUAGACAGGUUGCUUUGAUUUCCAUCAUGGGCCAGAUUGGCUCAUAUGUCCCAGCUGAAUCUGCCGAGCUGGGUAUUCUGGACGCUGUGUACACGAGAAUGGGUGCAAUGGAUAAUGCACUUUCAGGUGAAAGUACGUUUAUGGUCGAGCUACACGAGACAUCAGAUAUUAUGAAGCAAGCAACACCACGAUCCCUAGUGAUUUUAGAUGAAUUAGGACGCGGAACAAGUACGCACGAUGGUAUGGCUAUUGCCUAUGCUGUCCUGCAUCGUUUUAUUACAAAGAUCCAAUCGAUUACUUUGUUUGUCACCCAUUAUCCUUCCUUGGGUGGUUUGGCUAAAGAGUAUCCUGAAUCGACCACCACAGGACACAUGAGUUUUAUCGAGGAAGAUGUGAAUGAUAUCCCUAGCGUUAUAUUCUUGUACAAAAUGGUUCCAGGUAUUUCCCUAAAGAGUUAUGGCCUGAAUGUUGCAAGAAUUGCUGGUUUGCCAAAAAAGAUCUUGGCAAAGGCAAAGAUCAAAUCAGAAGAGAUGGAA